GCCAAUUUUUCAUCAUUCAGGAUUAUUCAAAAGGGCUGAAACAAAACCUCCUUGAAGUAUUAGUGAGCUAGGGUGGUAUCAUAACUAAACAAGCUUCAGUUGACUUUGCACCUCUCCGAGUCGCCUGGUAUAGUGAUCUCUGAUAUUCAGAGGGAAAAAAAAGUAACAGAGCCUACAAAACACUGAUACAGAACACUGAUUGAGUCAAAGGAAAAGGUAAGCCCUCCACCCGCGAGUAAAACCUUUCAUAAAUCAUAUCGUGUUACAAUUUGAAUCCUCGAUCUUUUUUACUUUUUGGUCCCGUUCUGAUGAGAAUUUUUGUCAAAUUUUAUAAACCUUACAUUUGUCAAAUACACUUUGGAUACGCAUAUUUAUCCUUCUUGUUAAUCUGAUUUAUUUAUAAUUUUUGCGUUGUGAAGGAAGCUCUAGUAAUUGGCUUAUUUAUCUCAAUAUAGAACAUUCAAGAAUCUGCAAGCAAACUUGUCGAGCAUCCUUCGUAAAUUUCCGUUUCCAAAUUCAAGGUGUGGGCAGUCUUGCCUUUUAUCGCAGAAGAGUAAUUUCGAACCACACAAACUGUUUCUGUGACAAGAAUUUGAAAAAUUCCGGCUUUGAUUGUAUACAUUUUAACUCAUACAGCAAUUUAUUUGGUUUCUUGGUGACUUGCCUAAGUCUCAAUGGCUAACAAAGGAGUUUUAGUGAUAGGUCGCUGGCGUUGCAAACCACUGAUUGCGUUGUUUUGGGACUAAACCGGGACAACACUAAAAAAAAAACUAAUUGGUUUCAGGAAUGUUAGCACUCCUUGCAUUUGACCUCCUGUAGACUGCAUUUUUCGAGGCUUAACCUUUUAGCUCCUAAGAGUGACCAAUGUCUAAUUUCUCCUUACAAUAUCACCCCUGAAUCAAACAUGAAAGUCAUGAGAAUAGAUGAGAUGAUCACCAACUAAAGCAGCUCUUGAUUGUUACACAAAUUCUCCUUGCCAGCCUCUUUGGAAAUUUAUGGAGAAUAGAAUGGAGAAUAUACAUACUGAUGUUAGGGUGUAGAGGGUUAAGGUUCCCUCCACGCUAUGCUGAUUAAAUUGUUUUUGUUCACAAAAAAACCAUCACCCCCGACAGAAAUUAUUCAUAACCCUUACCGGCCUCUUUGAUGCAGAAUUGUUAGAAGAUGUGAUCGUUGCUUUUGGUCUAUUUGAUACAGAAUUGUCAGAAGAUGUGGCUGAUGCUUUUGUGGAUGUAUUCCACAUUUUUUUCUUUUUCGAUGCUGGCUAGAGAAAAAUAUACCCCUUUCGACGUUGAACCGAGCUCCGGUAGUUCACGAAGGCUAAGAAGGUCAUCAAUCUCUUCAUCAAUUUAUUUAUCCAUUUGAUAUUUAUUCACUUGAAAGUUUUUUUUUAUCUAUUUGCAGAAUGGUAGCAGGUUUCAGUGGUUUUGUCGAUGACUACGUGAAAUCAUUUUAAUAAGAUAUAAGUGUUAACUGUCUCUAAAUUUUAUGCUGCAUAAGGUUAACUUAUUCGAACAUUGUCAUUCUUUUGUCAAUACUCUUAAGGGGAAUAUUUUGUAGAAUUAAAAGAUUGAGCUAUUCUCGGAGUAAAGCUUUUAUCUAUGAAUUGAAAAGGGAUUAAUUUCUAGCAGAAGAUUGCUUAGAUCACAAUGAUUUAAAUCCGAGAAAAGCUGUAAGAGCUAAUCACGGCGAGAUAGUUUCUUUCAAGACCGAGGUGUACUGUCGUAUAUACACGCUGUGAGAACUGCUUAAUAAUGCCGGCUUCCUUUACACAAUUAUAAAUGGCGAGAAAACUCUGGAAAGAUUGCAUAUAGAGAAGCUUCAGUAUUUAUCUUCAUACAUCUACUUACGACGGAAAACUGACGUAAGCGCAGAAAAAAAAAAAACCAAGACUAUAAUGCAGGUACCACAAUGAUUAGAAAAGAGUAGUCAUUUUGAAGCCGAUGGAACACAAUUAUCUAUUCGCCUUAUUUUGCAGGCUUGUUUUCCCAAGGGAGCCUUUUCUUUUUCAACCAGCUACCUAAAUUCUCUUAUUUGCACUGAUAAGGAAAAAUAACACUCGCAGCGAUUAUGUAAGAAGGAUCUUUUUUCUUUAAGCGAACCGCUAUGUAAAAGUUACUACAUAUGCAUGCCCACGCAUAACGGCAGCAAAGCAAAUAUAAGCACUUGAACCACUAAUGACAGAUGAAAAAACACCGCGCAAUUGUUAUUUCUUGCAAUGAUUUUUGCAGCCUACUCGUUCAAAUUUCCCGUUCAACCCACCACUGAAAAACAAACCGGCUAAUUUAUCAUGCGUGUUUCCUCCGACAUGACAGAAAAUGGAAACAUGAUUAAUUGUAAUUCGUUAAAUAGUGCGUUCGAAACCCCCGAAUAACUUGUUUUUCCACACCGUAGAAGUAAAUGAUGGCAAUUUAGGAAGUGCUUAAUUAAUUUCUUCUGUUACCGCCUGCUUUUUUUGGUACCACAGUGCCCUGCCACACUAGCGUGAUACUGAGGAAUACGUUAUUCAGUGAAUGCCAGGUUAUAAUUCGCCUUGAGUUAGGUAAGGUGUUGCAUCUUAAUAAUUUAUGAUUGAAUUCAAACGCUUUGCGCUGGCUUGCUGAAGAUUUCAUCCCUAUAGCGAAAACAAUAUCUUUUUAAUACCCAAAAUCUAAUUCAAGUGUAAGUAGCAAAAUUUAAGGAUGAUAUAUAUAUUAAACAUGAGGGUUCCAAGUACAAUUGAGGGGAGGUUUAGAUUCAAUUCGUACUUAAGUGUUUGCGUUGUUUGUGGUUCUUAAAGCUAUUGUUCAUUUCCAGUGUUCGUCAUGUCAGAGGCUUGCGUUGGCCGGUUUUUACUACGCUCAAAACUCACAAGGCAAAAAAAAAACAAACAAACAUGUUAAGACCGUUUGAAAUCAAGCGCAUCUUUAAGUUAAGCGCCUAAAUUUCAACGAAACAGGAGAACAAUGAAGAUGUUACAAUAAACCAAGGCGAGAAACACAUUGUUUCGGAUCGUUUUCAAACGAAAAACGAGAAUUUUCACGAGUGAUGAUUUUUUAGGACAUUAAAAGCAGUGACGUAGGCUCAUAGCUUACCUUAAAUAUUUCUUCAUUUUGUUAAGGAAAUAUUGAAAAAAAAAUCGAAUACGUUGGCGAGGGAACAAUAUUAGUUAACUUUGCCGAAAAAUAAGAGCUAGUCAACAAAACAGUGUAAUACUUCCUCAAAUCGAUAAUGCUCUGUAUGUAUGGUGAACUUAACUAUAAGACAUUCACUCUGACAACGAAAUCUCCAGUUUCAUUAUGGAAUAAAAGUGGCUUAAAAGAAGGAUCUCUACAUGAAAACAUGAUGGAAUAUUUGUCUUAGCGAUCAAAACAGGACUUCAAACUGCGAAAUAUGUUAUUCACUUUGCGAUGGUGUUAUGGGUGAACAUCUGCCUAACUCUUUCCCUCCCCAGAUCUCAUCAGUAAUUCUCCUUACUGUCUGCCUCACAAUUCUUAUGAUGUUAGUUUGGAGAAUUUGGUAUUGGAUCCACUGAUAAUCCAUUAGUUUAUAUUAUUCUUUAUUUUCAUCACUUUUCUGCUUGAUAUUGUAUCGAUUUUAUAAGUAGAAAUUCUAAGCUUCAGUGAGCUUACUUUCCAAAAUACUUAUAAUACCAGCCAUCCGUUCGCUGAAUGAUUCUCGGUAAAGAGUAAAGUACGCGAAGAGGAAAAAAUGUUAAGCUCACAAACCAUCCAAGAUUGUACAAAAAUUCCCUUUUUUUAUAACUGACAGUUCAUUGCCACCAUGGUUGCUAACACGAUAUUUCUCUAGGUUGUAGAAAUUUUAAGUACUGCCGGAUUCUCAGGUUCAUUUUUAAUCAGAUCAUACUCUUACAAUAGAUUUGACGUUUCUUUUAAUAUUCAUUCCUGCAAAGUUGGUUUAACUAUGUUAAUUUCAGAGAUGUAAUCGUAUCGUAUCGUGUAAGCUCGUAUGACUUAGGGCGACUUCAAAAAGUGAUUCUUCCAAUUCAUCCUGAGUACACCGGUUCUAAAACUACAAACAAAACAAGGGAAUUUCCUAACAUGCGUACGUAUCCUAUUUACAAAGUAUCUCAAAAUAUUUACGAAGCGGGUUUAUAUUUAUAUCCAGGGCAGCUGUUGAUCAAAGAUUUCAUAGUCGGUUUUUUAAAAAUUAUUUUUAGCAAAAUGAACAAUCGUUAUAAUCUCCAAGAAAUACCUCAAUAAACUGUUUUCGGUCACGAAAAUAAUGCAAAAGAGCUGUUCAAGCUGAAAAUUCCUUAUUUAUCGUCAGAGUGGGACUAAAACCGAAUUAAGAUGAAAUUAAGUUGUUCGGCAAAAAUUUUAUUGCUGCAUUACGUAAGCAGGGAGCAUAAAAACAUUGUUUGUAGGCUGGUUAUCACCUUGAACGAUACUUUGUAUAGGCCAUAACAAUGACUGUAUUAUGUUUCGGUCAAAGAAUAGGUUUAAUAUCGAUUCAAGUUUCUUUUGAUCUAAAAUGGUCAAACAUCAACAUUUGCUUAAACUGGAGACAAGGUUAGUCAUUUUACAUCAAAAUCAGGAAUUUUUAAAUUUCUGUUAGCUUGCAAAUUAUGCCUUUUUAGAAUUAUCAGGCUCGCAAAAAAAGCGGAAAAAAGUUCAACGUAUUCUGUCUGAUAUUUCUCUGUCUCCAUUAGGAUCUUAAGUUAUCGACGAUAUUUCCUUCCAAUCAAUAAUAUCUCCCUGCAGAGGUCACGAAAAGGUAAUGAUGCGAAAAACGUUAUCAGCUGGUCAAAAAAUUUACCAGAGAAUAUAUUCAUGAAACUGACGAGAAGGUCUUGAUUUGUUUCAUCGCUUUUCCCAAGUUAACCCUGUAUUUAUAAUGUUGCGGAACGUACCCUCCAUUUCGUGUUUUUAGUUUAAUGUUUAUCGACACAAACAGCUGAGUUGUGUUUUGCAAAAAGCAAAAUUUUUUUUAUUAAGUUUACGGUUUUGUGUGGUAGGCUAAGAUCGACGUUUUCAAGACGUGUUCGAAAUGUCUUCAAAGUUACUUAAAAAAAUGUUUGGAGAACUUGAAGAGGAUGAAAACGACAAGCACUCGCCGUGAACAGAGUUUUCACAAUAAAAACCUUCAUUUGUAUGCACUGCUUGUAAAUUAAUGCUUAGAAAAUGUCCAACAAAACAAUAACUCAUAGACUAGCUGAAUUUGACAUAAAUAUCCUUAAAAACAUUUUACCGGUAGAACCAUUGUGAAAUCACUCACCAACGUUUUCCGAUUUAAAUCUAUGUUCAAAAAUCUAUUGAUUACAUAGGUUGAUUUCAAUUGAAAGGUCCAUUUGCUUCACAAAAAAAAACUGCCCUUUUGUUUAAACGAAGUAGCAUCUAACUUGGCUCAAUAUCAGUGAAAGAUAACGGCAAAAAUGCGGAUAUUUCGUAAUGGACCUCGAAGCUUCUUUGAAAUCGAGAGACGUAAAUUUGACACUUUCUUCGACGUGUCUGUGCAUUUUUAUCUCCUAUUACUGUGUUAUCGAGAGGGCAUAUCGCCCAUGUUGGUCAUCUUGGCUUACAGUAACCAAUUAAUGUUCAGUACCCGAUAUUUAGGUAAUAAGUUUUACUGUUUCUGGCGCCAGACUACAUUAUGUAUUAGUGCCAAUGGCUUCCUAAAAUACCUAUUGCAGCCUACGCGUGCGAUCAAUCUCUUUGUUUUUGUGUCCUUUUCAUUUAUGAUGACAGGUUUUUCGGAAACUACAUAGAGUUGUCAUUGUACUCCCGGAUAAUACGACAAAGUUGUCAAUAAGGGCUUUCAGAAUGUCCGUUGUUCAAAUGGGAAGAUUAAUUGCGAGCAAUCCAUCAAAUUGUGUACUUCACGACCUGCGAGACUUAUAAAAGGCUUGGAGAUUUACCUCUCUGACGCUGUGUCGUUGAAGUUUGCUCACGAUUCAAAAAACAAGGGACAGAGUGAUUAAUAGAAAAUCACGCGUUAAUCAGGUGCCUUGAAUUACCUUGAAACACGUAACCUAACAUUUCAGCUGUUGGAAGAGCAGUUCAUCUUUUGUUCAUGGAUUUGAGUUCAUGGUACAGUUUUACUUCCAAUAUUUGAAAGGAAAACAACAGCCUUUGCAAAUCAACGCAGUUGUAAGUAUACAGGCCAAGAUUCACAAUGGCAGCGGGAGCAAGUCGCAGCGACAAUUUGCUUCGUGUCACAUGGAGAAUAUGAUAAAAUCUCGCUUUCUAUAUCCAGCUAGUUUGAAUUUUGUCGAGGAUUUUAGCAACUUGUUCUAAGGAGGUAAUUGUCUCAGAGUAGUGGCUGCCGCAAAAACUUUUGUAUUUGAGUUCAUGGUUCGGUUUUACUUCCAGUAUUUGAAACGACAAUAACAGCCUUUGCAAAUCAAAGCAGUUGUAAGUAUACAGGUCAAGAUUCACAAAAGCAGCGGGAGAAAGUCGCAGCGACAAUUCGCUUCAUGUCACAUGGAUAAUGUGAUAAAAUCUCUCUAUCGAUAUCCAGUUAGUUUGAAUUUUGUCGAGGAUUUUAGCGACUUGUUCUAAUGAGGUAAUUGUCUCAGAGUACUGACUGCUGCAGAGACAUUUCGCCUUUCUCGGCAUUGGGAAAAUAAUUUGCUAAAUUUGCACUGAUUUAACCUCAAAAAGGGCGAAAGAAAACAACACCAUAAAUUGCGCUGAAAAGAAUAUGCGAUCGGUCAGAUUUAAAAUCUUUGUAAUGAAAUACAAAUCAUCAAAUGCAAGUUAGGACUUGACCAUUAUAGUUUAGUCACAACUGGGCGUACUGAAAAUUGAUGAAAAAUCGAAUCUGGUGCUUGUUUAUUCUGAGUUAACACGAACGACGACAAAAACCGGCACAAAAUUAUUAGUACUGAGUUUUGACAAGUGCAAGUGUUUCAUAGUGCAUUGCACUCGUAUUACCUAACAGUCUCUUAGCUAGUGUGGUAUAAGCGUUAUGAAGAGUCCUCGAACUUCUCGACCUUUCAUUUUUCCAGUGAAAGGAAACGUAGAAAUUGACCUCAGAUAGAGGAUAAGUGACAUGCCAGACUGGCUCAAAUUGGUUUUUGAGUGCAGAGGAGUAAUUUUAAAAAUCUGUAUGAAAGAGAAAAAUGGACGUCUUUCUUUUGCAAUCAAACUUUAAAAAUAGAAAUUGCUUUGAAAUGCACAAGCCUUAGUGCGAUCAACAUUAAAUGUGGAAAGUUGUUGACGUUAGUGCUGAUCAUGUCAUAGCUUCUUUAACAUACGUGCAGAAAAUCGGUUUCGGAGGUGUAUGAACCCUUUAACUCCACCAAACGAUUCUCAUUAUGUUAUUGUGGAGAAUUUGGUAACAGAUCAAUUAGUAAUCCGAUAAUUGAUAUUUUUCAUUAUUUUCAUCUCUUGUUUGCAUGAUAUUGUAUAAAUAUAGUGAGGAGAAAUUCUGUCUCGGUCAUUCACGGGAGUUAAAGGCUUACGGGUGCAGUGACCAAUCAGAACAUAGGUUUACAUUAUUUUUGGCCAAUGAGAACUUUAAGUGAAACUAAACAAACUGCUUGAAGCGCGGGAAAACGCGAUUGACGUAGUCGUGAUUGAUUUUACUUUUCAUCCGAUUGGUUGAGAGGGUGAUGCGAGUUUCCCGGACCAAUCACAGAGCUAAGUUAAGUGCAAUCAAAGCAGUCCCGGGUUUCUUUAGAUUCUCAAUUGAAAAUUACUCCAAGAACUAUUCCACUUGUAAGGAGCGAAGCCUAAUUAAAUGGAACUUUCACCUCCACCCUGAGGAGCUUCUAUGACAGACAUAUUGAGCAACGAAACCACACAUUGCGAACGAGGUAAUAAGGUUGAUUCAUUCUUUCAUUAACCAUGCAUUAUGUAUGAGUUCAUUUCAUCAUUCACACUUUUAUAGCGAUUUUAUCUCUGACAUCGAAGGAAUUGAUAGCAGGCAUAUCAGAAAAAAAUUUAACGGUGAUAACGAUUUUUUUUUGAGCACGUACGAUUAAGUCAUCCUCUAAUUUGAAAGAAGGCAUCAUAUUGUAAUAAUAAACAAAAAAAUGUAAAAGAAAACUUGUCAAUCUCGUAUAAUCUGAGUAAAAGCAAAGCAGGGAGCUGUUUUAGAAAUUGCAAAAGGAUAAUUGAAAAUGCAGCUGUUAAACCUUACGGGAUAAAUUGAAUAGCCAAACUUCCAAUUCAAAUCUAGGUCCUUCAAAUAGGUAGACACUUUGUCCACCGGAAUUAUUGACUCGUUUUUCAACCCAAUCAUUUGUUCUUUCGAUCUGAUCGACAAACGUUCCGGUACUACAAGCAGUUAUUUAUUCUAAGCUUCGCAAAGUACUUUACAUGUUUAUAUAUUUCCGACAGUGUUAUUAAAAAUUUCGAUAAAAAACUUUUAGAAUAAUUGACUUCUACUUCAGAUUUUUUUUGUCUUGCAAAUCUUUUUUCAAUAACAAUCGGUCUUUGAGAUAGAUUAAUUAAAAUCUGAUUUUUUUUUAACCAUUGGUUUGAUAUAAAGUUGGAAAGCCUCUUAAGCUGAAAAAAGGAAGAGGGGAAAAUUUUUUCAAAAAUUGCCACGUUUAAUCUAAAAUAAGGACACCCGCUUUACCUCGACCACGAACAAACUGUGGUAAAAACUGACUUAAAACAAAUCCCGACAAGCCAAAAAGCGCAAAGCACUUCACUUUUAAAAACAAUAGCGCCUAAACCUCAAUUCUCGAGUGUAAACAGAGACUUAUAUUAUCAAAGUUUGCCACAACUGUUUUCUUUUAUUGCUCAAUUUCAAGAUAAAAAUAAUAAGGUAGUUUUCCUUAUUUACCUGCAUUUAAUCUCAUAGCUCCCUAGGUGUUAUUCGCAUUUUAUAUAUCUCUGUGUACAGAGCAACAAAAGAAAAAACUAAAAAACAGGAAAUAUUUGCGCCGGUUGUUAUACGUGCAGCUGACCGCCAUGCAAUUUCGCAAUAUCUGAAGGUGUGCGCUACAAAAAAAAAUAAUCUGUUUAUAUGUUGUCAAUUCGCCCGCUGUUUUGUCCGAGGAUUGUUAAAGAUCUUUUUUUUCCUUCAACUGUCAGAACCGACCAAUUCGAAUCGAAACAGCACCGUAUUGGGCCACUGGACUGCAGUUUGUAUAGAAUCACUCAAUCUCGGCUGUUUGCCAUAAGCUGUGCCACGGUUUGUAAAUCUAAAAGUAUUGGCGUGAAUUUCUUAAAUGUGACAAUUGUAAGCCUUGUUCACUCAUCUCCGUCUUUAGAGUUCACUCUAACUUAGUAACUUGGUUUUCCUUCGUAAACUUAGUAUUUCCAUAGUUUUCUGACAUCUAAUGAAAACGAUGCAACAAGAUGACUGAUUUUUUCAUUUCUAAAAAUAUUAGCCUAAAUAUUUUUAAGGUCGUCGUCGCAGUCCGCUAUAUCUUCUCGGACCUUGGCCACCGUUGUUAUUAUCUCUACAUCCAUUGUUAUUAUUCACUUAUAUACCUGCCUCUUUUAUAAGUACUUAACUUUUUUGCGUCGCCUUACAUGAAAGGUACUUGAGCCUUUCGCAAAAAUGAAUUCAAGCUCCUGUGGCCUUGUUUCUCAAAGGAAAGACCUGAAAAAAUUUCACUCUUUUAUAUCAUUAGAAUUGUAAGCAGAAAAACGAUAAACAGAAAGCACAAUAUCAACUAGUGGAUAUCGUUUGGCUUAACACUGAAUUCCUGAGCUUAAAAUAUAUGACAGAUAUAUGUGAGAGAUAUAUGACAGAUACUGCAGAGAACUGACGUUCAAGUCUUGUUAGUGAAAGGGUUGAAGCUUUGCUGCGCGGCUGUAAAUCAAAGAGUUUGAGUUUUCACCAGGCUAGAAAAGAUGCACAGUUGCUCUCGGAUUUCCACACAACAAAAGAUAAAAAAUAAUUGGCACAGAGGAAUCAGUCGUUUUGAAUACUCGGAAUAUCCCAGGAAACACGGAAAGAACGCGACUGAUCUAAUUAGGUUUUGUCACUCUCACCCUCUCAACACCAACAGCUCAACACGCUUAAUGAUCGACCAUGCAUUAACCCAUAUUUUGCGGUUUCUUUCAGAAUGGUAUUCCUUUUUCCUUAUUUGAAAGUGGUUGGUUUUGUUUAGCGGUAACGCUUUUUCAACACAGAUUGUCUACUGAACUUAGUACGUCGAUCUAGUGUAGCUACAGCCAUUUUACUAAUGAGUCUAACACUUCCUUGUUUCCAAUCUACAUCUUCAUUUUCGCGUUUUUCUUUGCAGGAUCUAACUAACAUUUUUCUCUGACGUAACACUGGCCAAGCACUGGCUUUCCCGAACAUGAAUCAAAGUACGAAUUCAUCCAGCUAUCUGACCAAAAUCUCGCAUCUGGAGUUAGCCAUAAUGAUCGGUCUCUACGCUGUGUUAUUGUUAGUAAUUUUAACCGGUAAUGGACUCAUUCUAUCCGCGUUCUUUAUAAACAAACGCCUCCGUACCGCCACAAACACUUUAAUCAUGGGAUUGGCCGUCAGCGAUAUUCUUGUCGGGUUUGUCUCAAUUCCCUGCUGGUUGGCCAUUUUUACAUCAUAUUACGAGUAUGCUUCGACCACCCAAACAACGUAUACAUUCUACAUUACGUUUGACAUUUUCAUCGGAGGAGCUUCCAUUUUGCAGCUUACAGCGCUCAGUGUCGAGCGUUGUCACGCAAUCGUCUGCCCGUUACGUCACAGAACUCUCUCCAUAAAAGUUUUCUACGUCAUGAUCGCUAUACCGUGGUUGUAUGCAGCUAUUGUGGCAAGUUUACAACCCGUGCAGUUUGCUGGUGAUUGGCAAGACGUUUACACGCUUCUCGUGGCGUUCACGUGCUUUUUCAUUCCGUUCAUCGUCAUUUUCUUCGCCUAUUUAUUUAUCUAUCGUUUUGCUCGUAACCAACCCGGAAAAAAGAGCAUUUGCCAGCACCGUGCAGUGAGGCAAGCGUACAAAAAAGACCUAAGGCUAUCUAUUACGCUGGCGUUCAUUACAGGACUCUUCGUUGCAGCUUGGCUGCCUCUUUUUGUCGUUACCAUGAUUGGCACGUAUUACCCACAUUACCUUCCGUCCUCACUACGCACUUUCCGCGUGAUUCAGCUCGUUAAAUUUUGUCACUACGGCAACAGCGCGUUAAACCCCGUCGUGUAUGCCUUCAGGAACAGUGAGAUGAUCGCCACAUUCCGUUACAUUGCACGCGCCCUUCUUUGUAAAGAACGCCUGGUUCCAAGCCCGCUUAGUAGAACUUCAUCUUUGUGUAAAACGAGCUUGAAGGGAAACUCGCUCUCCGGAAGUUUGAGGAGGUCUUCGAUUAAAGGUGGAAGCCAUAGAGAAAAAGGCUUCUUAAAAAGUGAGGAUCAGGAAGAAAAUAAAAAAAGGGGCGGAAAGAAUUAUGACAGCGUGGUAUUCGUGUAUUCCACCGUGUAGCUUAAAAGAACACGAAUUAGUUAUUCUUACAGUUAAAAAGCUUUCCAAAAAACUCAAUCAAACAAGUUAAUCUUGAGCUUCAUCGUACUAUAUAUCGAUCAACGGCUUGUGCAAAACUGGCCUCCUAAGUUUGAUUCGGUGCAGAUCAAAAAAAAGGAAAAACCCUGAAGGAAAAUCAAACGCGACGACAGCUUCGUACAUAUGAGGAAAAUUGACCUCCUUUGAAGCUUAUGGUGAAAGAUAUGUCAAGAUUUCAAAGUUACUAUCCUUUUAAAGAUGAAAUAGUGCAUAGGUUAGAGUAAUUAGGGGCGCUUAUUAUUUUUGGAUGAUUAUAACAAUUUUUUAUCAGGAAAAAAUAUGAAUGUCGUAAAAAUAAUUAUCUCAUCUAGGUCGGUGGUCCAUUCCUAACUGAAUCUCUCAUUGAAUGACAGAUGGGCUCCCAGAUCCCAUCAUCCAUUGCUCCAAAAAAAAACUGCAAUUGGCAUCAAAUUACAACGCUGAAAAUACAUCAUAACUGAAAAAAAAGAAUCUUCAAGACAUUGCCCACGUAUUUUGUAGAAAAAUAGAGCAAUGGAAACAUUAUCAGAUAAUAUUGGAUUUACAUCAUUAUACUGAAGCUAGGAAACACCACUUUGUAUAUUAUUCGGGGGGAUCUUGAGUACCAUUUGACUUAACUUGGUCUCCAAACUAACCCCUUUCAAGAUGGAUUGCCAGCAAAACAAAAAAAAAUACAAGUGCGCGUGACAACCCCAGAAAGUAUUAUGGGUAGUUUUCAGGUCACGGCUCCUUGACCUUAGGAUUUCAGGGAAAUCUCAGAAAACGUCACUAUGAAGACGAGGCUAGUCAUUCCACGGUUAAGCAUAUAGGAACUGGGUACGAGAUAAGGACGAGGCAUAGUGGGUUUGACAAACUUAUUAUAUAUUUUAUUCAUUAAAAUUCAUUUAUCAUCGGCAGGAGCCCAUCAAAUAAGUAAUGGCUCCUGUCAUCGGAUAUACCCAUAUUACCUUUCGAGAUUGUCGCGUGCACUUUUGUCCUUUUUUCCUACAUCCUCUCCGGAAGCAGCUGUAAAUGAAACUGUAUGAAAGUAUUUGGGAUUUACGUGAUUAAUGUAAAUAAAAUCAUUUUGAUAUGAACACUAACGAAAUGUGAAAUUUGAUGAUUGCCGGAUUAAGAACCGUUUUAUUCUUGUCGAGCGGAGAAUAUAGAGUGGCUUUUUUCCCGUUGAUCCUAGCAUGCGAGAAUACCAUCAUUAUCAGCUUUCCUUCGCCCGCGGGAAAGUAACGCGAGUCGGCAAGAGGUUUAACUUUAGUUCCUGACCCCAAAAAUCCUUCCC